GGCGGAGUUACAGAGAGGCAGAGUUAGAGAAGAGAGAGUGAGUUUUUCUACCCACCGGUUCACUCCCCAAAUGGCCACAACGGCUGGAGCUGGGCCAAUCCAAAGCCAGGAGCUUCUUCCAGGUCUCCCACGUGGUUGCAGGGACCCAAGGACUUGGGCCAUCUUCUACUGCUUUCUCAGGCCACGGCAGAGAGCUGGAUCAGAAGUGGAGCAGCCAGGACUGAAACCGGUGCCCAUAUAGGAUGCUGGCACUGCAGGCAGUGGCUUUCCUCUCUAUGCCACAGUGCUGGCCCCAAAACGCUUAUUUUUAUAUAUAUGUGUGUGUGUGUGUGUGUAUUUUAAUUGGAGAGGCACAGAGAGAGAAAGCAUGCUACUACCUGCAGGUUCAUUCCCCAAAUGCUGGCAAUAGCCCGGGUGGGCAGGGGCUCAAGUUGGGAGUCAGGAACUUAGCCAAGGUCGCCCUUGUGGGUGGCAGGAACCCAAUCACUUCAGUUCUCAACACUUUCUCAGUCUGCAUUGGCAAGAAACUGAAGCUGGGAAUUGAACCCAGGAACUGGUUUGGAGAUAUGGAUGAGAAGUCAAAUCCUGGAACUUUAAGUGAAAGUUCAGAGUGUCUCUUCUCCUUUGGAGUGAUAGCAGAUAUUCAAUAUGCUGACUUAGACGACGGCUAUAAUUUCCAGGGAAGCAGGCGGAGGUACUACAGGCAGAGCCUUCUGCACUUACAGGGCGCCAUUGAAGAGUGGAAUAACGAAAGCAGCCGCCCCUGUUGUGUCCUGCAGCUUGGAGAUGUCAUUGACGGAUACAAUGCACAGUACCAAGCGUCAGAAAAGGCCCUGGAACUUGUUAUGAACACAUUCGCAACCCUGAAAGUCCCCGUGCAUCACACCUGGGGAAAUCAUGAAUUCUACAACUUCAGUAGAGACUAUUUAACAUGCUCUAAACUCAACACUAAGUCCCUGGAAGAUCGGAUUGUACAUCAUCCCGAGACUGUGCCUUCGGAGAGUUACUAUGCUUAUCAUUUUGUGCCGUUCCCUAAAUUUCGCUUCAUUUUACUUGAUGCUUAUGACUUGAGCGUCUUGGGUGUGGAUGAGUCUUCUCCAAAAUACCAGCAGUGUAUGAAGAUACUGAGGGAGCACAAUCCAAAUACGGAAUUGAAUAGUUCUCAAGGACUUUCUGAGCCCCAGUUUGUCCAGUUUAAUGGAGGAUUCAGCCAAGAACAGCUGACCUGGUUGAAUGAAGUCCUUACCUUCUCUGACACAAACCAGGAAAAAGUGGUGAUUGUGAGCCAUCUUCCCAUUUACCCAGAGGCCUCAGAUAGUGUGUGCCUGGCCUGGAACUACAGAGACGCCCUGACAGUCAUUUGGUCUCACCAGUGUGUGGUGUGCUUCUUUGCUGGUCACACUCAUGACGGUGGCUACGCCGAGGAUCCUUUUGGUGUGCACCACGUCAACCUAGAAGGCAUUAUCGAAACAGCUCCCAACAGCCAAGCUUUCGGCACUAUUUAUGUCUAUCCCGACAAGAUGAUGUUGAAAGGAAGAGGGAGAGUUCCAGACAGAGUUAUGAAUUACAGGAAGGAGAAAGCUCUACACUUGUAGUCCGACUCAUUCUGUUUUCCUUGGUAGAAGGAAAAUGACUUUGCUUUGUGUUUGCUUCCCCAAACAAAAGGAAAAGAAAAGCAAAAAUAAAAAUUAUCGACUCCAUUGAUAGGUAUUCUGCUUGUGUAAUAAAAAGUAUU